CAGUGAACAAGGAACAAAUCCACAACAAAAGAUCACAAAAUUCCAAUUAGCUUAAUUGAUUCAUACAAGAAAGAACUUCAAUCUUAGUCCAGAAAAGAAACCCCCCCCAGAAAAUGGCUGAAAACAACAGUUCAAAAAAGUUGCAUAUUGUCAUGUUUCCAUGGUUUGCAAUAGGUCACAUGACACCGUUCCUCCAUCUUUCAAAUAAACUUGCAGAAAAAGGCCAUAAAAUCUCCUUCUUGUUGCCAAACAAAGCCAAACUACAACUAGAACACAUCAAUCUUCACCCCAAUCUCAUCACUUUCUACAUCCUUGCGGUUCCUCAAGUCGAUGGCAUUCCUCCGGGAACCGAAACAGCUUCAGAAAUCCCCAUUUUUCUUACAACUCACCUGGUAACAGCCAUGGACAAAAUGCAGGGUCAAGUCAAAGAAUUGCUACAGAAACUGAAGCCCUCCAUUGUUCUUUUUGAUGUGGCACAUUGGAUACCUCAAUUGGCCUCAGAAAUCGGGUUUAAGACGGUGAAUUACAACGUUGUUUCGGCUGCAUCACUCGCCAUUGCAUUAGUCCCAUCGCGAAAACCUGAUCAAGACCGGACAAUUACAGAGUCCGAGUUGGAAAAACCGCCUCCUGGUUACCCUUCAUCAACAGUUUUGUUGAGGAAGCAUGAAGCUCAUUCAUUUUCUUUCCUUUUCCUUGAAUUUGGAAAGGGGAUAACUUUGUUUGAUCGCGUCACGACUGCCAUGAAGAAAAGCGACGCGAUUUCAAUCAGAACAUGCAGAGAAAUUGAAGGGCCUUUAUGUGAUUACAUCGCAAAAGAUUAUGAGAAACCAGUGUUGCUAACAGGGCCUGUUUUGCCUGAGUCGACAAGCGAGAAAUUGGAAGAAAAAUGGGAGAACUGGCUCAACGGCUUCAAUCCAGGCACAGUUGUGUUCUGUGCCUUUGGAAGCCAAAUUGUCCUGGAAAAGAAGCAAUUUCAAGAACUCGUUUCGGGACUUGAGUUAACAGGGCUGCCAUUUCUUAUAGCCCUGAAACCGCCAUUUGGAUCCGAAACUGUAGAAGAAGCACUCCCGGAAGGAUUCGAAAAUAGGGUCCGGGGCAGAGGAAUUGUUCACGGAGGUUGGGUGCAACAACUAGCCAUAUUGAAACAUCCAUCAGUUGGGUGUUUUGUGAAUCACUGCGGGUUUGGAUCGAUGUGGGAAUCAUUGAUGAGUGAUUGCCAGAUAGUUUUGGUACCACAUUUGGCUGAUCAAAUACUGAACACCAGGCUGUUAGCUGAAGAACUGAAGGUUGCAGUUGAGAUAGAAAGGGAAGCAAAUAGCAACGCAUGGUUUUCCAAAGAGAGUUUGUGCAGAGCAAUAAAGUCUGUGAUGGAUAGUGAUAGUGAGGUGGGGAAUGUUAUUAAGAAAAAUCAUGCAAAAUGGAAGGAAAUUCUAGCAGGGCCAAGCUUUUUGGGUGACUAUGUGGAUAAGUUCAUAGAAGAACUACAUCAGCUUUGAAAAAAAAACACAUUAUGGCAGAUUAUGAUUUCAUUAUAGAUGUGUAGAGCCCUAAUAGAAUUUGUGUCGUGUUGUAAUAGACGUUAUUGAUUCGCUUAUUGCAGUGAUAACUCUUGUUUGACCCGAUAAAGGAGUUGCUGGUCAUCACUAAAUUCAGACCAGUUGUUCACUCAGUGAUUACAAGUUCAGAGGUUUGAAUCUCGUCUUGAUUGAUGAAUUGCC